UAAAGAAAGAAAGCAAAUAAACAUGAAAUGUUUAUGCAGAUUCAUUGAUAAAUAGUGCUAAAAUAAGUGAAAUGUGGCUAGACAACAUUAAUCGUUAAUUUAAUAAACGAGCUAGCAACACCCAUUCCAUUCCCACCCAACGAAGAGAAAAUCUGCAAAAAUGGAUUUGGAUGAAACAAGCGACAAUGGAAUUUCUCUCGGCUUCCCCGAAGUGGGCACCUGGAAUCGCACACAUAAUGUGCCGCUGGAGAAUAUGAAAAUCGAUGCUCCCAUGAUAUGGCUGAUCUGCUCGCUGCUGACGACCAUCAUGUGGGUGACCUACAACAACUUUUACAACUCUCGUGUCAUCGGCAUGCUGAUCACAAAGAUCGCGAAUCGCUGGUUCAUAAAGGGCGCUUACUUCAAGAUUGGAUCGGUGGCGAUAAAUCCGCUGGCUGGCAAAAUCAUGUUCAGGGAUUUUGUUUACAUUACGUAUGAUUAUACGAUGCGCGUGCAGGAUGGCUACUUCAUAUUCCGCUGGUGGCGUUCCUAUGUGCCCAAAGAUGUCUCGGAGGAUCUCUCCCAUUCGGAUACGCGCUUGUCUGUUCAGCUGAAUGUGUACGAGCUGCACAUCUACAAUCGCUCCGAUCUGUACGAUAAGUUGGAGAAGACUUUCGGCUUGGAGCCUUCGCUGCUGAUACCCACGGAUACGGUGAGCACUGAGGAGCGCAAUAAGCUCAAGGAGCAUCACAUGAAUCUGGAGAAUGCAAAGCAGAGCAAACGCGUGAAUAGCGUUAAGAACUCGGAGGCCAUGCAGGCCACCACCUGGAGAGAUUUGAUACCUGUAAUCAAGAUCGACAUCAGCUCGGGUCGCUUUGUCUUCGGCAAUCGCUUAACACCGACAACGCUGUCCAUAUCCAUGGAGGAGGCGCACUGCACGUACAGCACCAAGCCCGCUGUUUGCCCGCUCGAUCACUUUAUGCACUUUGUCAAGGCGAAGGUGGAGAAUGCUAAAAUCUUAUUCUGUCCCAGUCCGAAAUACACGGGCCUGAUUGACGAGCCGCCACGCUAUAUGGGCGAGGGAUUUGUGGUCAUGAUGUCCAAUCAAAUGGACUUAUACUUCUAUAUGGAUGAGCCGGGAGUUGUGCCAGAGGAGCCGGUCCAGAUUCUCUUGGCCAAUGGUGAUGAAUCAGAGCCAUCGCCGCCCGUCUGGGGCAUCAAUGCGCAUUGCCUAAAGGGCACGGAUUUCAGCUACGGCCCCUGGGCAGACAGACAGCGCGAUCAUCUCUACAGAUACUUCUAUCCAUCCGAUUGGAAGGAGGCCGAGGUGACACCGACACCGCAGCCAGGCGAACUGCGCACGUAUCAGUCGUUCGAUGUGACGCUCUGUGUGCUGAACGAAGCCACGAUCGACAUACUCUUCUCCAAAGAGAAGGAGACGAAUGCCAUGCACAUAACCGUGGGCCCCGCCUCCUAUGUGGAGGUGACCAUACCUUGGGUGACCCUAGCCGAUGGCUAUACGUCCAAGAUUCAGGGCCAGCUGUUCCAUGUGGAGGCCACCACCUCGCUGCAAUAUCGCAGCCUGGCAGAGUUCGAAUCGCUGGAGUACAAAGUGCGCAUCCAUUAUCCAAGAAAAUGGAAUGCGCCACAGGAUUGGAACAUCUCAUUGGCUGGCUGCAAGACAACGGCAUUUAUUGUGUAUAAACACAAAUGCUUCUUCCAGGAUCUCAUCGAGGAUUGGGCGAACAAAGCAAGACCCGACAUACUUAGCUUUGUGCCCUACACUUGCAAUUUCAAUAUACGCCUGAACGAAUUCGAGAUUCUGAUGCUGUGCAACGAAUACAAUUGGAUCGACUGCAGCAGUGCGAACCAGGAGAACAAUCACCUGGCCUUCUGUGGCGAUGUCUUUGAGAUGAGCUUUGCGCUGCCCUUCGACGAUUUUCUACCCAAGACUGUCACGCUCAAGUUCUGGAUACACGGCGAAGGUCUCGACUUGAGUUUGUAUGUGCCGGAGGUGUCUUCGGUGCGACCCAUUGUCCUAGCCAUAGACGAGAAUGCAAGACUGUUAACACGCGAGGGCAAGUUGAUCAGACGCCCCGAGCUCUAUACGAAAAAAUGGCGUAAGAUUUGCCAGCGCAGCGCCGGCUGGAUCGAUUGCUGGGCGGUGCCCAUAUUAGCACUGUCCAUCCAGUAUGUCUAUCAUCCGGUGCCGCCGCUGGGGCCUGAUCCCCAGGCGGAUAUCACCACGCCCGAAAAGGAGGAGAUUCUGCUGAGUCCAAUGCGGAUACCGAAAGUACGAAAAUCUCCAGUGAGCAACAGUUGGCAGCAGGCACAGCAAGCAGCCGAGCAGCAGCAGAAUAAGUUCGAUCCGGGCACCUUGACGGCGGAUCAAGUCACGGUGGAGGUGGAGAUUGGCAGCUCGGUGCUGAUGGCCUAUGGCAAUGUGCUGAGAAAUUUCAUCAGCCUCAAGGAGAACAUAUUUGGCGAGGAUCAGAACUUCACGGACAUGGAGCAAUCGAAUGUGAACAAGGAGCCAGGUGUUGCUCCAAACCCGAAAGAUCAACUGCUGGCCAAGGAAAAGGAGCUGGCCAACAAGUCCAUAUCAGAGACAGCGCCACCCGAAGAGAAGCGCAAACCCUUCGAUCCACGGCUCUACCGCCCGCUGGAGGUCAUGGUCUCGGUCAUAGUGCACGAUAUUCAAGCGCACGUGAUGAAGAACUGCAAUCCAGAUGAUCCGCCCUGCCCGGUGGUGCUGAUCGAACGUUUCGGCUUCGAGAUGGACAAACGCUACCAUGAGACAACGCUGCAAGUUUUGGUUAGCCCCUCGUAUCUGCUGACGGCCGACACGCUGCAGCGACAGCAACGCGAGCAGCACAUUCAGCAGGGCCACCUGCUGCUCUCUGCUGUCCAGGUGCGAGGCCAUGCGAUGUUCAGCAAUGAGGGCUGUGCCUUGGAUGAGGAUACGUUGGAGUAUUCCUGGCUGGUGGAAGUGCAGCUGGGCAAGCUGACGGGCAAGUUGACCCUGCCGCAGCUGGUGAAUGUCGUCACUGGACUGGAGACGCUGGUGCUGCUCGCCAUCGAUCCCGAGAACUGCUUGAAGUCGCCGAAAACCGUGCGCAAUUGCCAUCAUGGUGUGCCCAGCAAUCUGUGCCCGCACACCAAGGAGGAGAACAAGUACAAAUGCCCAUCCUCCGAGGACAUUAAAUACAAGAUGACGCGCGUUUCGGUAGACGCUGUGGACGUCUAUCUCAUCGAGAGCGGCACGGCCUUGCAUGCGUGGAUCUCGCCCAUACGACUGGCCAACUGCAAUUUGCAUGGCCAGCGCGUCAAGUCCGGCAUCUCGGGUCUGUUGCCUUCCAUUCUGCUGCGACUGUUCAUGCUGCACGCGGGGAAUGCGCCCAAUAGCAGCUACAAUACGAAUACCACGGGCAGCAAUCGAUCGGGCAAGCUGCGACGCGCUGAUCAGGACUCGCUCAAGUCGCAGGAUGUCUAUGGCACGCACAAGCCCACCAGCAAACGCAGCUCCAACUCGUUCUCGCAACGUCGCGAUUCGCGCGAAGACUCGGCGCGCAGCAAACUGCGGGACAGCGUGGAUGCACAUGCAGCCAAGCGCACACCGCUGACGUCGGAGCUCUGCGAGAACUGGGUGGAGGUGGGCUGCACCUCGCUGGGUCCCAUACUGCUCGAAGGCGCCUCCGCACUGCCCAUACCCGACCAUGAGCUGCAUCUCGUGCAGCACAACUUUCUGCGUGAGCACGACGCCAAGUUUAAGCGCCUUUGGUUCCUCUGGGCAAACAAUGGCAGUGCUCUCAGUUCUGGAUCGGAGACCUCGCGCUGUGGCUGCAUUGGCGGCUGCGCCUUCUUUGGCAGCAAUCGCAAUGGCCAAAAGUUCUUCAAGCCCACAGCUCAAGAUGUGCACGAUAAUUACAAUAUAGCGCGUUAUUUCAUCAUCAACAAUAGCAAAGAUUUUGGCUUUGGCGAGAGCAUUUUGCAUCAGGGCCAGCUCGUCUUCCACACACCGCCCUAUAGUCUCCACUGCGUAUCGCUCUAUGACGCGGCCGACUUCAAUGGCAAAGGCAAGCUGUAUAGACCCGCGAGUGAGCUGCGCAAUGGCAGCUUGAAGAAAUCGGAGCUUGGCUCUCUGCCCGAUGGCACUAAAUUCAAAAUUGGCGCCGGCUCUGUGGAGAAGCCAGAGCUCAACAGCAAUCGACACAAGAGUCGCGAGAGCAUUGGCUCACCGAAUACGCUGGAGCGACGCAGCAAGCGUUAUACUUGCACGAGGCAGACCUCUGUGGAGGUGCCAUACGCUCGCCUGCUGGAUAGCCCGUCCAAGAAGCUGCAGCUGCAGCACGAGUCCAUCGAGCGGGAGAUUAUCAACACAAGCUGUCAGCAGCCAAGACGCGGCUCCGAUUCGCACCGACUACGCGUAUCGCCGCCCAAGACAAGCAUCUCCGACUCAAGACUGACCGGCGAGGCGGCUCUGGAUGAUGAGCAGGAGAUUCCCGAUGAAAUGUCCCACUCGGCGCCUCAUUCGCAUCCGCUGGAAUUUGAGAUCGCGGACAUUGUGCUGCAUGGCGGCGAUCAGUUGCCCCGUGAAGUACAGCGCACCAUAUCGCUAACCUCCGAGAAUCCCUCGGAGAUGUUCUUCUCCGCCGAGGAAGACAUUUCGAAUGUUAUGUCUCAGCGUGGCUCCAUGAAGCAGCGCAGUGGCACUGGCUCCAUCAUUUUGUCGGGCAGAAAACGUUUCUCCUCUGACUUCAGCAUUGGCGCUCAGAAUGAGAACGGCAGCCACACUUUGCCGACCUAUCGCAGCGAUCUGGAAAUUCAUCCAUCCGAGAGCAACAAAACGCUGCCCAAGCGACCACAGAGCACAACAGAACUGAAUGAAGACGCGAGACGCAUUCACGGUCUUGCCACACCUAUAAGAAAAUUAACAAAUAUCUCAUCACGACCCGAGUAUCGACAUUUUGUUCACGAUGCUGACUCCCGUGGCUCGUCGUCGGGGACGCCGUCGCUCUCAUCGAACUCCUUCAUAUCGGCCAUGUCGUCGCAGGAGGAUGUUGCGCUGGUCAAUCUGCAUCAGCAGGUCAAUCGACCCAUCAUCGAUUCGCCACUGCUGAUGGCCAGCUAUUUGAAUCACUUGUCGCAGGUGAAGUGCUUCAAUUGGAACGGCUGCUCAUUUCCGCUCGGACCGGAUGUCUUCUCUACGCCGCUCUUCCAUGAGAACGAAGACGGUGGCCUCACCUACAUUGGCAGCAAAAUGUUGCCACAUUUCGAUUUGUACUCGUGCUGGCGUGAAAUUAAAGUGGUGCCACGCUAUGAGAACUCCACCGGCAGCAACAGCUCUGCCACAUUUAUGGGUGGUCCGAAAUCCCAUCCCUGGGAUCCCAGUGUCCUGCUCAAGGAAGAGGAGUCGGACAAGACGACAAAUGGUUUCGAUGAUGGCGAAUUCAUGAGCCUUCAAUCGGAAGGUGGUGCGGCCUGCACCUCGGUUGUGGCUAGAUUGAAGGGGCAGCUCAAUAUAUUCCUUACGCCCCUCCUGCUAGAGGGACUACAAAGAAUGGUUGAGGCUGCCGUACCGACAAUUCAGUCAAUGCAUCUGCUUUCUGUUGUAAAUUUCAUUCAUGCCUCGUGCAUAGCCAAAGUGAAAAACGACAAUAUAUUAAAGCGAGAUCAGAGUCUGAGCUACUGGUCGCAGGUACAUUCGAAUUCCAAGCGUUCGACAACCGAACGACAUUUGCAGGGACCGGGCGACUCAUUCCUGAGCGACGUCUAUGAGGAGAGCAUCUCGACAAAGACUCAGGGAUUGAUUGUCCUCCCUAAGGUGAGCAUCACAAUGCUCCAGUCGUCUAUUGUGGAGGAGAUCAUCUCAGUGGCAGCGCUCGACAACGUGCAGGAUCUCAGUUGCGUCUCACUGCUUACGUUCUAUAUGGAGGGCAUCUCGACCAAAUUUCAUUUGGGUAAAACCACACGAGCCUCAAUGCACAAUGUCUAUAUACAGCAGGCUGUGCAAUCGGGCAGCAGCCAUAAGAAAGGUGGCAUUAUGAAGGGCACCCGAGCGCUGCUCGCACAUCUCUCGUCUCAAACGAGACCUGACAAUGUGCAAGGCGAGCCGAUACUAAUUGAGACGUCGGAGAAACAGCUGGAAGAGCUGGUUAUUACACUCGAUAUUGGACGAGCGCACGCGCAGCUGCGUCGGCUAAAGACCGAGGGACAGUCGUGUGCACCAGAGACGCCCAUCAUUGUGACGGCCAUACCGGAGCACAAGAGCAAGGUGCUCUUCGAGUGCUUAAAGAUGCCCGAGAGCACGGGCAUUGAGAGCAUUGGCUACAUCAUGUUCGAGUGUGGCUUGGAAGGAGUCGGCGUUAAGAUUGUUAAGCGUUCGCAUUUCGAGAAGUCGGAGAAUAGCAAAGAGGAGCUAGCAGAGAUGACAGGUGGUGCAGAGGGCGUUGCUUCGACAGGAGGUGGCUUCAAUCUAACAGAACUGGUGGUGGGAUCGACUGCUGAAGCUGCACCUGCCUCAGCAGAUGCAAGUGGCGCUACCUCAAAAGCCGAGGCAGCCUGGCGUUUAAUAACCAAAAAACCACCGACCCCCAAAACACCUAAAGAGAAAUUUCCGCAUGCAUUGGAUGUUAAUAUUGCUAGUGAAACCGGUGCAGAGCAGGCACGCAAAGCCACGCCCAAUGAGGAUGUAGAGAAAGGAGGAGCGGGCAGCUCACAGCCACAAGGCACUCAAAAGCCAAGCGGAAAUGCUGGAAAUGCAGCGAAAGAUGGCUACGACAAGGCGCUCUCGAAUCUUAAAGGCACCGACAAGACUUCGUCCUGUGUGAUAGAGCUAAAGUCCGUGUGGUUUAACUUUGCGGCGCCUCCUUGUGUGCCAAUCACUCGAAAAAUUGAUUUGACGCGCUUGGAUUGGAAUCUGCUGAGCACUGCCUCGCCGGCCAUAACGGCUUGGAUGAAUCCCAGCAAUCGGCUAGCCAUGAAAAUUGUGUCCCUGAUGAAGGUGCUGCAUACAAGACAGACGGCAGUUGCUGCCUGCCUCAUGGCAGAUGCCAUGGAGAAUGAGAAAAUUCAGCGAAAUCCAAAGAUAAAGAAGAGUCGCUAUGCGAACAACUAUACGUUGUUGUCGAAGACCUUGCAGGAGGAUCCCAGCUGUCAGCUUUGUUACAUCAUGCAAAAGUUAGUCCUGGAUGAGGGAGUGCAGCGCAUUGAGCAGAUUUUCAAGCGUGGCGAAGUGCCCCAUUUGAAUACGCUUCGACAGGGUAUCAUUGUGCUAAGCCGUCAGUGGAAGAACACCUUGUAUAAUCCCAUUUUGUUCGAGCAUCAGUACAAGAAUAAAUUGGCCCGACCGAUUAAUGUGACAUUUUCGUUUCCGCAAAACGAAGAGGAGUGCGAGGCGGAUGAGUGUGAAGGUGAUGUUGAAAUGGGCGCCUAUGCCGGCGUCGGCGAGCAUCCGGAAGAGAGUGAGAAUGCUUUAUUACUUGGGCAAACACAGCAUCAUCGAGCUCACAUUGGUAUUCCUUUGAUUAACGCUGACAAUGCACAGUACGGAGGCAUGUCCUAUGCCCAGGAGGCCCAUCAUGGUCCUGCAUCCCAGAGAUCGACUUCCACAUCGCCCAAUAUACAUCACACGCGUCGUGGUCUGGGCAAAGUGCACAGCAAAGCCUCGAAUUAUUCACAUGGAAAUUCGUCUCGUUCUAGCAUACAAAUGCUGCCCAUUAUAUCGGGCUUAGUGGAGAAGCAAGUGCCAGAGUUUGAAUAUGGCGCCUUGCAGGAGGGCUCGCUGAGCUCUACAAACUCGGUGAAUAAAUUCUGGCUGGGUGCUGACAAUCACAAGGAAGAUUUGUACUUCUGGAUGGCCAAGCAGCAGGAUAACAACAAGAAGAAAGAGAAUUCUGCUGAAAAGGAGCAUGCUCGUCCAGCUCCACCCAAGUUCCAAGGCCAGCCACAGGCGAGAAACACCAUCAUGCAGGACUCCAUUAAGCUGCUGGAUGCGCAUUUAAUCUUCGAGCCGCUGCUCACGUGCUUGGGCGUAAUGCCACAGCAAAUGAUCAACAAGUUCUCAAACGCAGACAUCUCUUCGCUAGAGAAUUUCGGCACUAAUCUCUCACUCAUUGGCACCUUCGAUUCGAUACGCGUCGACAUUGUGGUCAGCGAGGCUGGCGAUAAGAAGAACAAUACCAAUACUAAGCCAGCCAAGCUGAGUAAGAAAUCGAAUGGCGGACGAGCCUCUAUCAUGAUCGAUACUCCGCUCUUCUUGUGUGAGCGCGUGGGUGUUGAGUUGGAGGUGUUGAAAAUGUCCGACGGCAUGGUGGAUCAGGCGCGCCAGAAUGUCAUCUACAUGUCCAGGCGACAGCUCAAGAAGCACACAAGCACCGUCAUCAACUUCAGUCUCAAUGUGCGCUUCAUUUCGCAGCAGGUGAAUAUGCCGCUGCUGCGACUGCUGCAUCAGAUAUGCAAUAUGUAUCAGAAUGUGAAGGAUGCUCAGAACGAGUUCCACGAGCAUCCUGAUCUGAGCAAGAAGAGCCACACAAAAGAUGAGUGCAGUCUGGCCUCCGAGCCAACGGACUUGCUACCCUUUUCGGAUCGUUUUGCUGGCCACGGCGAAAGCUUUUCAGAUGAGCGCUAUGACAAGUUUAACGAGACCAUGCCCACAAUGCCAGCUGGUCGUAGUCGUCCCAUUAUACAGCUGACUCCUUCGCCCAAUGCCAAGAAUCGACCGCAGAGCUUUGCGCAAAAGCUGCGCUCCACGGGCAAAUCCGUCAAGGGCAAACUGGGCUACACGAAUCUAAAUGAGUCCAGCUCGUCGCCGUUGAGGGACAGCCCCACAAUGUCGUUCCACGAGCAGCACAUUAUGAAGCUAACCACAGAGUCGAAGGCUUCGCUGAAUGGUGGCUGUGCGACGAGUGUCAGCGGGGAUUACAAUAACACGCUCACCAAAUCAGCGCCGCUGCUGGAGACGCCCAACUGUUGGAAGACAAUCUAUCAUCUGCUUGAGCUGUAUGGCACCAUGCCGGAGACGAAGACAGUGGCGCAACGGAGUUCGCUGAACGAGCAUAAGAAGGCGCCGCCAAGCUUCGGUAAUAAUGAUGACGACGACUUGACGAAUGCCCCAACACCGCUGCCGCAGCAUCGCGAGAUGCUGCUUGUGGAUGGGGUGCCGCCGGAGCGAACGCGCCUCAUCGUCUUCGGCGUGGCCAAGAUACACAAGACGCGAUUGUUGGCCACGCUGUCCGGGCUUAAGCUGGAGUCGGAGAUUACCACAUUGAAUAGCACGGCCACGUGGCGAAAGAAGGCUAGACCUGUCUCAUUGGAGUGCUCGCUCACUGGGCAGGUGGGACGCGCUAUGAUCGUGCUACUCGAGGGCGUGGCGCCCAGUCAGCAAACCGUUGUCAAGGUCACAGUGGGCAAGAGCCAGACGCUCUACUCGAGCCUUUCGAAGCGUGGCAAGGAUAAAAACAGCGGCCUGCUCUCGAUUGGACCCGUUAACAUAGACAUACCGCAGCAUCCAGUGGCUCUGCACGGCAUGAUGACGCGCAGCUCGAAGCAGCUGUCGUCCACGCUGCAAGAGCUGCGCGUGAAACGCAACUCGGGUAGAUCUACACUACGAUCCCAUACGGCCGAGGAGCCAGAUUCACCCUUCCAUGCGCGCAAUUCGGGCGGCGCAGCUAGCGGAGUCGGCACCGCCAGCGAAAUGCGCGAGAGAACCAUUUCGGGAGGUGCUCAGCAGCAGCAACAAUUUGCAGCGAGACGCGCUGCUCGCCUGGCUCAAUCCAAGCCGGCGACGGCAUCGAAUGGUCUGCUGCAGCCGCUAGUCAUGCAGUUCAAUGUGUUGCUGCAAAGUCUGUCCAUAAAUGCGGCGCUGUUGCCCUCGCUGCAGGCGCAGUAUCGCAUGAAUCACGUUAGCUCGAUGGGCGUCACGGGUCAGCGGGCAAAGUUUGUCAUUGACUUGCCCACGCACACGCUCAGCUUUAACACCAAGAUACAGAACGAAAUGAAUCUGCCCUCGGAGGCAUGCAUCGGCCUGCCACCCGUGCAUGUUGUAGCUGAAUAUAUACCGGAUAAUCGACAGGAGCAUACGGAGAGCAUUGAAGGCAUAGUUUUACGCCAGGGCGGCUAUGUGAAUGCCAGCGCUGAGAUUGGCGAGUUCGAACGUUGCCUGACCACAGACCUGCUCAAUCACUUGGUCUUCGUGCAGAAGGUGUUCAUGCGAGAGAUCAACGAGGUGCUCCAAAAGGUCUAUGGCGGGGAGAAGCCAGUGCCCCUGUGGACCGAGGAGAGUGGCGACAAUGCCAGCGUCCAGGAGUCGACGCUAAAGCGCAUACUAUUCUCCAUCAACAUAUCGAUGAAGCGUAUACAACUAACAGCGACCACUCCGUGCUCUUCAGCCGUGCGCUUUGAGACGGGCACUCUGGAAUUGCAGCUCUCGAAUCGUGUCAAGAAUUUGGGUGACAUGAGCAAUCGUAAAAUGUUCUUCAAGGCACACAUCGACUUUAAUUUAUCACUUGGCCAGAUCAUCAGGAACGUGAUCUUUGAUGAGGCGGAGCCAGAGUUUCAGCAAUAUGCCUUUUUCCAUACGACCAUCGGUCUGCGUAACGCCUUCCAGGAUGAGUUGCUCAACGAGGACAAGGAGCUCAUAUUGCUGACGUUGAAGCGUCCCCUGGUCUACGUACAGCCGAUAGCAGUGGACAAGGCCAUAUUGGUCUGGUUGAACUACAAGAAUGCCUAUGAAUAUUGGGCCGAGAAGCGUGCAAAUCUCUGCUACGAGCACACAGCCCAAACCACUCAACAGGUCUUCGAUCGCGUGGCCUUUGGCCAAAUAGCCAGCUCCAAUUUGUCAACAUUAUUCCUGCAGCUGACUGUGGAGGACAUGGGCAUCUGUUUGCCCCUAAAGCAAGUCAAUGCAAUGUCCUUUGGUUCGCGUUCGUAUCAGGACUUUGAUGCCAAAGGCGCUGUGGUGAUCACCUUGGAGAACACCAUCAUCUCGGCCUGCAAUUCGGGCUCUCUGGUCUCCAAGGGCAAAUUUCAGGGCCUCUGCUUGCGCUUUGCAGAUGACUUCGAGACCAAUCUGGAUGACUGGAAGCCGAGCAGUGUGGAGCCCAUUAUGAAUGUAUGCGUGGUCUCUGAGGGCACCUUCGAGGUGUGCUCCCGCACGACGGCCGCAAAGAAGGGCGAGAAUGCCAAGUGGCUGCUGAACGUGAAGUGGCAAAUGGAGGGCGUGGAUAUUCAUCUGGAUGUGAACAUUGGCAAGCAGCUGUCCUCGCUGGGCCACACACUCACCAUGCUCACGGGCUUCGAGGAGGACGACACGCAAAUGGAAUCACCCGAUAGCGACGAAGGCGAUCAGAGCAGUCGGGAUACGUAUGUGCGUAGGCGGGCUGAAUUCGAUAAUCUGCCCGCCUUUGUGUUCGAUCCCACAAUUGACUCGAAGAAGCGCUCGUUCAUGAUGGAGAAGGAGAUGGCGGAGCAGCUGAAGAUCAUCAACGAUCUGCGUACAUUGGGCGCCUCGCACAAUACGGUUGCCCACGAGGAGCGACGCCUGCAGGAGCUGCAGGCCAUUUGCUACAAAUACUUCCGUCGCGACAUGAUACAGAAGUGGAGGAAGCCCUCGCUGCGACGAUCUCUGAAGAACUACGGUCGUUCGCAUUCGUAUAUAGGCACUGGAGGCGUGCCAGGUGUGCCGCCCGCUAGAGAACUGCCACUGGAUAAUGGCAGCAGCCACAGCUAUGCGGGCAGACGCCUGGACACGAUUGCCUCCAAUGAUGAAAUCUCGAGCCUGCAAAGCACGCCCGCCUCCUGUCACUCGCGCAGCGCCUCGUUUAAGACGGGCGUGGGCCGCGUGACCUUCACGGAUGCCAUGCGUCAGACGUCGCUGCCGAAUGCCGACACCGACACGGAGACGGCUGACAACGAGCUGGACUGGCGUGGCGGCGUCCAUGGCGACUGCACGCCCAGCGAAAUGGACGUGGAUGGCACCUCGGUGGAGAUGCGACGCAAGCAUGCCCAUGCCCAUGCCCAAAAGCAGCAGCCGGAGCCGAACAUCGAUUUCGAGCUGGAUGUGAAGGUGCUCGUCAAUUCGGGCAAGUGUGUGCUCCACACCAAGGAGAACAACAGCGGCGAGGAGCGAGCCGCCUAUGCGGCUGGCGGAGCAGCCGCCUCCAGUGUGAAGUCGCACAAGCGCGAGCGCAGCAUUGGCAACGACUGGGGCAGCCCGACGCCGUCGCGUCGCCAGCGGGACAAGAGCAAGCUGCGCUUCAAUGCCAGCACGCACAAUAAUGCGCUGCUCGCCGAUCUCACCAUCUUCCACAUACCCGGCCUGGACGUCAAGCUGCACUAUCAGUCACGCACGCUAGUGGACGCCACGGAGCAGCCGUUGACGCCAGCAAACGCCUUGGCUGUGCCGCAUAUGCGACGCUUGGGCAAUAAGCGCGCCACGCUGAGCGCCUGGAUGACGCUGCAGAGCAUACCGGAGGAGACAAUCAUCUCGCCACACAUACUCGAGUUCCUCGAGCAAACGCUGGAGCCGAUUCCAGCGCGACAGGCGAACAGUGCGCCCGCCACGCCCUCGCAUACCGCAGCCGUUAAUCUGGACAUUUUGCCAGCGAAUUAUGCGACCUAUGCCUCGUUUCCCGUCGACGUCAUUGUCUACUUCCACAUGCAGCCGUCCACGUUUCGAUUCAGCUGUCUGCCCGUCUCGCGAGUCGAGUGCAUGCUGCAGCUGCCCAGCUUGGAUAUUGUGUUCAGCUCGAAGCGCAGCGGCGAGGAGCAGGAGCAGCAACAGCAGCAGCCGCAGGCGCACUCGAGUCAAAGCCAUGCGGAUCAACAGCUGCCCACGGGCGGGCUAAGUGUGACCGGCUGCCUGGCGGACUUCAAUGUCUACAUCUUCCAUCCGUAUGGCGGUAAGAAGACCUCCAAGGAGACCCAGUUCUCGCCUCUGAGCGACAGCGAGCGCAAGGACUCGCUCAGCAUCAAUGUGGAGUUUGUUAAGUUUCACAUCACGCGCUGCCGCAAGGUUUACAUUGAGCCAUUGCCGAGCUCGAAGCGGGCGCUGGAUCAGUCCCGUGCCGUGAUACGCUUCUCCACCAUUGUGGACAUUGGCAGCGCCAGCUUUAAGUACGAUAUGCGGCGGCUCACCGAGAUCUUGGCCUUUCCCAAGGCCUGGUACAGGCGUCGCAUUGUGCGGCGUCUCUUCCUGGGCGAUCUGAGCGUGCACCAGCAACAGCAGCAGCAACAGGCGGGCGCUGAGACGCCAACGCCAACGCCAGCGACGCCAACGCCCACGCCCAGCGAGGGUCGCAGCAAGGAUAAGCUGCGCCUGGACUUUGAGGGUCAGCAGUCGCAGCAGCAAAUGGGCCACUUUGGCGCCGUGCGCAAGCUAAAGUCGCUGGGUAAAUCGUCCAGCGCCGAGUCAUCUGGCACGCCGCCCUCGGAGAAGAAUCAGAUAACUGCCUGGGAGACGUUGGUCAUCUUCGCCGUCAACUUCACCAAGCUGAACGUCCAGAUGAACAUUGGCAACGUGUGCGGCAAUGUGGUGUGGCUGACCAAGGACUUCCGCUCGGAUGGGCGCCUGUCCAUAGGCAGCACCGGGUACAAGAAUAUGUAUGCGGGCAUCUAUUUGGGCGGCUCGGCGCUGGAUGCCAAGGGCGGCAUUGUGGGCGGCAGCUUCGAGGUGAACAAGAUCAACAAGCGAUUCCACAUCAAGGAGGAAGCGGGCAUGGAACCGUAUCAUACGCUGGGUCUUAGCUUUAUGGCGUUGGAGCUGCGCCUGGAUUACAUGGGCACCUCGGUCCUGAUGACGCGCAUCAGCACCUUUGCAGCGGCCAUGAAGGACGAAUGGCGCACAGCAUCGCAGGCAGCUGCCUGCGGCAAGGAUCAGCCGGGCGCUCUGAUCUUUAUACACGGCGAUCUCAGCUGGGAUCAAUUGCAGAUCAUGAUAUCAAAGUCGACGACGGCGGACCUUAUGAAGAUGUACUUCAAGCUCGAAGAGUUCUUUACGCAGCAGUUCAAGUCCUCCAAGCGCGUGUUCUCCAGCCUGGAGCCGCGUCUGCAAGAUCGCACGGCGAGCAUCAAGCGUCGCCAGCAGCUGAAGAAGAAGCCCAAUGGCGAGCUACCGCCAGCUGCAGCUGCUCCCAGCCUAAGUGGGGUGGAAAAUACGGAUGCACGUCAUCAUCGCCACUGGCAGAAGCCGCUGGCCCAGGCCAUUGGGCUGGUGGUGCCGUCGCUGGUCACCCGCCUGCCACGCCAUGGCAAUGUGCUUGGCGGCACCGUGGAUCUGCGUGGUCAAAACAUUUCGCUCGCCUGCUUCCACGGCAUCAACUUCAAGUCCAAAGCAUGGGCCCUGUUCAGUCUGAAGUCGCCUUCCAUUAAUUUCACAACUGAGGCGCGCCAGCUGGAGGACUCCAGUGAGGUGCACGUCACACAGACGCUCACCUCCUGCCUGGGCCAGACGACGGAGGUGCAGCAGCAGCAGAAUCACUCCAUGGCCAUCGUCAGUCGCAUCACACGCAACAUUAUCUUUCCACCUCAAUUCAAGACGCUCAACGAAUGGUUCCACUAUGCAUUCGCCAACAGCGAAAUUGACGCCGUGGACCGUUUCCCCAUGCUGGAGUGCGAGCGCGAGAUAGCCUCCAAUUCGAUUGAACGCACGCGUGCCUCGGGCAGCAGCAGCUCGGCCAAAUCGCAGGAGCACAAUCACAAUCGCGAGGUCAUCUUCGCGCUGCCCAGCCUGCAGCUGUAUUUCAAGACCGAGCACAAGCAGGGCAACACCACGCCAGAGCCAACUGAAACGAAACCUGAAGUCUUGUGCAGCUUUAUCACCGAGUUUGAUGAUCAUAUAUUUGUCACUGUGGACGCCGAUGCGUUUUUCUUUUUGCAUGAUCUAAUCACAUCGUAUGUGACUGAGAAAGAGAAAGUGCUCGGUGCUCAAUCGGCGCGUGCCGCUUCACCCAAUCUGUCGCAGAAGGCGAACCUGAAGCCCUUCAUAACCGAUGACAUACUCAAGGAGAAGAAGGGCGCUUCCAAUACGAACUUGACUGUGCAGAACCAGCAGCUGAGUGGCAGCAAGAGCAGCCUGGAGCCACUGCAGGGCAGUCAUACGAAUCUGAAUACGGCAUCGAAUACUGCCACAACAGCGAACACUGCGACAACAGCAACCACUACGACAACGACAGUAGCAACAGCAACAGCAGCAACAACAACGGCAGCAACUACAACGACAGCAACAACUACAACAGCAACAGCAACUGCAAAUGCAGCUGCAAGCGAUAUUAAGGAUGGAAAUGCACAGCCCAAAGCUGGCACUGAAGCCAAUGCACCGUUGCCCAGCUUUGAUAUUGAAUCCUUUGUGCGGGAUUGGCGACACUUUGACUGCCAGACCUGGCAUCUAGAGCCGACGGUACGACUGCUCUCCUGGGCCGGCAAAUCCAUCGAGCCAUAUGGCGUGGAUUAUAUACUCAACAAGCUCGGCUUUAGUCAUGCACGCACCACCAUACCCAAGUGGUUGCAGCGUGGCUUCAUGGACCCACUGGACAAGGUGGAGGCGCUGAUGAUGCUGCAGCUGCUGUUGAUGGUGCGCGAGAAUAAAUCCGAGGCUGGCCAAUCGAAACAGCAGCAGCAGCAGCAGCAACAACAGAAUCAUAAUCGCCCAGCUCCUUGAGAGCAACUCAGCCAUGACAAUUGACCAAUUUGUAUGUCGAUUAAUAAUUAGCUUUAUUCGCAUUGUAUAUCGAUCUUGUUGUAAUAUUUGUAAUUUGUGUGAUUUGUGUAACGAUUUCUUGAUCUAGCAUCUCUAUGUUCUGCAUAGUAAAUUGUUUAAUUAGACUCAAGUUAUUCGUAUUAUUAAUAUUAAUACUAUGAUUAGCUAAUCGGGCAGCCUCUGUUAAAUUGUAAAUUGUUUGCUCGCUUCUAUAUACAGAUAAAUAUUAUAACUAUUAUAUUAUUAAAUACUUCGAUUUAGGUCUAAGGUCAAGUGCUUCGCGUAAUUUGCUCAAUUUUUAGCGCUUUGUAAUUAUUGUAUUGUUUUUAAACUGAUUGUGCAAGAGCAAAGUUAAUGUUUAAACUAUAAGUAGCAAUAAUUUAUAUACAUAAACGCAUACUCUAUAAAUUUCAA